AAAAUACCUCGUUCGAAAGAGUUCAAUAUAUUACGUCACAAAAGCAUCAACUUCCUGGCUUUCUUUUAAAACAACAGGGUUUUGUUUGUUUUUGCACCCCGCCCCCCCCGCCAAAAAUAGCUACUCGCUGAACUUUUAUUGUUUACUCAAGAGUGCCACUUUUUGUUCACACCGUGAUAGCUGUGUGGGAGGCUGAAGUACAUCUGGUUAAUCUUAUCUAGUCGAUGGGCUUCCCAAAGGCAUUUUCUGGUCGGCUGCUGUGAGAAAAAGGAUGCUGGACUAGACGGGGCUGCUUGGUCUGAUCCAGCAGGAUUUUAUGCUCCUUGAAGGGAAAUUUAAAGUCUGUUAAAUUUCUGGGACUUGCCUCCCACUAUAAGAAAAAAGAACAAUGGGUAGUGUUUUAGUAUUGAACUGAUGUGUUGCGAAUAAAAAGUGGGCUUAAUGUGUGUGUGUUUUUAAAGUAUAUAAAUAUUAUUAAAAAAUCCUCUGUGGAUGGGCAUGGGGUGUGGAGGGUGAAGAGCAUCCUUUCCUUCAAAGAAUUCUGGGCACUGUUAUUUGUUGGAAAGUGCAACUGUAGGGAAAAGCCCAGUGCCUAGAAUUUUUCAAGGAGAAGAACAAUAGAAUUGCAGAAUUGGAAGGGACAGUGUGUUUCAAAUAUGCUUUAAAAGGUGUGGUAUGGUGAGCGCUACCUUUCCAUCGCAUAAAAAGUACUUGUAAAACUUCUGCACUGGCUCCAUCAAACAUGUCAGUCUGUGAGGAUAUGCUUCUUUGCAAUUACCGCAAAUGCCGAGUCAAACUUUCAGGCUACGCAUGGGUCACAGCCUGCUCACAUAUUUUCUGUGACCAACAUGGCAGUGGGGAAUUUAGCCGCUCGCCUGCAGUCUGCCCUGCUUGCACCAGUGCUCUUUCUGGUAAACUGGAUAUUGUUCGAACAGAACUCAGUCCUUCUGAGGAAUACAAAGCCAUGGUCCUAUCUGGACUGCGACCAGAGAUUAUUCUGGACAUCAGUUCCAGGGCUCUGGCUUUCUGGACAUACCAGGUUCAUCAGGAGCGCUUAUACCAAGAAUAUACCUACAGCAAGGCAGAGGGCCACCUGAAGCAGAUGGAGAAAGUCUACACCCAGCAACUCCAGAGCAAAGAUGUGGAGCUGACUUCCAUGAAGAGUGAGGUCUCCUCCCUAAAGAAAGUACUGGAAGAAUACAAAAAGAAAUUCACUGAGCUCUCAGAGAAACUCAUGGAGCGCAAUCGGCAGUACCAGAAACUGCAGGGCCUCUAUGACAGCCUACGCUUGCGCAACAUUGCUGUGGCCAACCAGGAGGCAGGCCAAGAGCCUCCUAUGGUGCCCCAGCCUGUAUUUGGUUUCUCUUUGGGUAAUGCUGCCAGGUUCUCUGAGAAUGCAACACCUAUCCAGGGCUGGCGUGGUGAUGGGGACUUCCAUUUCAAACCCUUCUUUGCUGCCUCUCCACCACUGGGCCAGUCUGGCAACAGCUUCUUUACCUCUCCUGGCAAUGGUUUGGAACAGCAAGCAGGAGGCAACAAGGCAUAUAAAAUUAAGAGAAUAUAAAUUGUAACUUAUGUUGACAAGUUUAGGCCUUUUUGAAUAUCCAGGUUAAGCAUGAAAUGCUUGUUGGACUGAAAUGCUCGUUGAAGACUUGAGGCUUUUAAAAGAACCCACAGGCCAGAUCUCAGUGAAGUCUAAUGUGCGUUAAAUUUCCUGAAAUCUCAGAAGUAGCAAAUUUUAAAGGAAGAGAGCCUGCAGUGAGGACUAAAGGAGUAAAUGCUCCAGUUAAAACCAAUUCCUUUCUAAGCUUCUUUCUUUCUCUCAGCAGAGUGUUCCAGUUGUUGCUAAUGGUUACUAUAGCCACCCGCACCUCUAGAUAUUGUUGCAUAUAUGCUGUCAUUGUUCCAUUACUCAGCAAGAUUAAUUCCUGCCCUGCAACAUACGAUUAUGACUCCGGCUCUCACACAAAUUAUGAUUCCUUAAAGUGAAAUGUGAAAGCUUGCUUCACCAUGUCAUUUUUUUCUGGCACCAAGGCUGCAAUCUUACAUAUACUUACCUGGUAAUAAGGUCUAUUGAACUCUGUGGUGUCUGGGUACAGAUGUACAGGAUUACAGCCUAAUUGUUUAAUUACUAUAUUGUUGCAACUAAUGUGUUAUGUGAUCUUUCCUCCCGAUUAUUGCUUUGAACUGCCACAUUUGUGUUGUAAUGUAAUGGUACUUUUUUCUCCAAUUACGUGCAUAAACAUGUUUGCAAGCCUG